GGAGGGCCCGAGGUGGGAAGUGGGAGAGGUUGGCGGCCUUUUUACUUGAACCGACAAACAGGAAACAACUUUUGAGUCUGCCCAAUUUCCUCAUCUCCUUCUUCCUCUUCAUCUUUGGCCUCCCUAGAGGAGUUUUAUUCUGCCUCGCUGUACAAUCGCAGUCAUUUAUUUGCUCUGCUCUCAGGAUCUCCCUAUCUACUCGCUUAUCGAACCACGAUCUUCCAGCGAUUGCUGCUUACAAUUGAAUCAUCUGGACGCCGCUAGACAUCGACGAUCCCCCACCGACGGUUGUUGCGACGGGAAGAACGGAGCCGAACCUGCGAUUGCUCACAAUUUUGCACGGAGACAUUGGAUCGUGAUAUUGACGGAAAUUUGAGGACGAUACGGUCAUGGUUAGCGAUUAUAGAUUGAAGGCCAUUGCGGCGCCUUCGCUGUCCAAGGUUGCGACAAUUGCGCUUCUUGUCACAGCUGUACAAGCCCACGACCACGAUGCAAGCCAUAUUCCUGAAGGCGAAACAGUCUCUUUGGAACCUUUGGAUACGGUAUUGUGGAUUCACAUCUUCAUUCAGAUGUUAGCGUACGGCGUUAUCUUCCCUGUCGGUAUGGUUUUGGGUAUGACCAAGAAUCGAUGGCACGUUCCGACCCAAGCCGUCGGCACCAUUCUUGCUAUUCUUGGCUUCUUCCUUGGUCAUGCGCAUAAGGGCCGCGAGUUCAUUCCGAAUCACGUCCAUGGCAAAUUUGCCCACAUUCUCCAGCUUCUCCUCGCCGCGCAGGUUGUUCUCGGACUCUACCUCAAGGGACAUUGGGAGAAAGGCAUCAAUGGCAGAAUUCGAAAGCUGAUCCGUCCAUGCCAUUCUUUCAUCGGCAAGCUUAUGCCAGUUCUGUCAUGGACACAGAUGAUCUUUGGUGGAAUCACAGCUCUUGGCUUUUGUCAAGGAGAUCAUACUGGACAAUGCGCCGCUCACUUUAUUAUGGGUGGUGCUUUCAUCGCCUACGGAAUUCUUCUCACCAUCAUCCUCGUUGUUGGCCAGCUCUGGAUCCGACGACAUGGUCGCUCGCAAGAGUUCUACGAUAGCGUUGCGAUCGCUGCAUGGGGCUGCGUCAACACUUUUACCGAGCAUCGUUGGGGUACAGACUGGGUUAAGAACGAUUGGCAACAUACGACGAUGGGAAUCAUUUGGUGGUGUGCUGGUUUGGCUGGUAUCUGGCUAAGCAAGGACCGCGAUGGAAACCCCAAGCGUAACUUCAUCCCCGGCUUCGUCAUUUUCAUCACAGGCUGGGCCAUGUCUGCGCAUCCCCAGGAGCUGAUGGUCAGUGCUGCUACGCACACGAUGUUUGGAUACACUCUUAUGGUCGUGGGCAUUACUCGUAUCAUUGAGAUUGCUUUUGUCCUCAGGGACGCACACUCCAUCUCAGAAGAUGGUCGAACUGCCAACAGCUUCCAGUUUGUUCCUGUCUUUUUCAUGUAUGCCGCUGGCUUCCUUUUCAUGGGUGCUACAGAGGAGCAAAUGAAUCUUGUUGCUGGCUCGGCCAUGGAUCAUGUUUCAUAUAUCCUUAUUAUCUACUCGCUUGCCUCGAUAAUGUUCCUUUUCGUCAACAUGCUCAUUGGUCUAUGGGACCGCCUUGCUCAUCCUGUCCUGGACACCAAGGAGCUCGGCAACAACCACUACGCAAAUGGUCUCGCAGUGGAAGACGGUCAACUACGAGAUGCUCAAGAAUUCGAGUUAGAUGGGUUGAUGAGCGACGACGAUGACGAUCCUAGUCGAAGAAUGCUCGGACCUAACAGCGAGGAUAGCGCAGCUACUGUUGGACGAAACCAACAAACUCGUGCUUAAGGGAGGACUAUGAUCUCUCGUGACAUGUAUAUUUCGAGACGGGAUGGCGCAUACCUAGAAUGUUCAUAGGGGUAUUUGGCGUCAUUUGAUGGCAUGUGUAUGAUGCUGAAAUGACUAUUUGAUGGCAUGGGAAGCGGCAUUUUCACAAUUGUAUUACUUAGGCGCAAUUGAUUGGGAUUCAUGAAAA